CGGGUGAGGAGCUUCAUGUCACGGAGGCAAUCUUAACAUCCGGAUUUCUUGAUAUUGUUCUUUGGACCUUUCACCCAUUGCUUCAACCCUCUAAUUCUCUUUCUACGCCACACUGUACAGGGUGUUUGAUCCCUUCUCUCCGCUUUUCCACAUUCUCCAAUUAAUUGACCUUCCCCAUCGAGUACUUCCUCAAUCGAGCACGUGCAUCAUUAAUCCUCCCUUCCCCAGCUUCCCGCCUCCGGCGCGUACUGGCCGGAGUCUUCGCGGACACAACGGAAGUGCUUGAACGCAUCUCGGACAGCCAUGUCGGCGUAUACUACUACACGCCAUGUUGACAUGGGCAAGCAGGAGGCGGAGCUUGCCAUCAACGUUCGGAAGGCAACGAGUAUAGAUGAGACAGCCCCGAAGCGCAAACAUGUUCGCGCUUGCAUCGUCUACACAUGGGACCACAAGUCCUCGCAAUCCUUUUGGUCUGGCAUGAAAGUCCAACCGAUCCUCGCCGACGAAAUCCAAACCUUCAAAGCCCUCAUCACCGUCCACAAAGUCCUCCAAGAAGGCCACCCGGUCGCCCUGCGAGAGGCCCAGCAGCAUGUCAGCUGGCUUGAUAGUCUCAAGCGAGGGGUCGGGGGCCUUGGUGAAGGCACGAAAGGUUAUGGUACCUUGAUCUCGGAGUACGUCUACUACCUCCAGGCGAAGCUUGCGUUCCAUCGGCAGCAUCCUGAGUUCAAUGGAACUUUCGAGUAUGAGGAAUACAUCAGUUUGAAAUCGAUCAACGAUCCGAAUGAAGGCUAUGAAACGAUCUCCGACUUGAUGACCCUCCAAGAUCAGAUUGAGCACUUCCAGAAGUUGAUAUUCGCCAAUUUCCGAAGCGGAUCGAAUAAUGAAUGUCGUAUUUCUGCCCUAGUACCUCUUGUUCAAGAAGCCUACGGGAUCUACAAGUUCAUCACAAGCAUGCUUCGAGCCAUGCACACUUCAUUGGGCGACGACGAGGCACUCGAGCCGUUACGGGAGCGAUACAACGGACAACACUAUCGACUUGUCAAGUUCUACUACGAGUGCUCCAAUUUGCGUUACCUGACAAGCUUAAUCACUGUUCCAAAGCUGCCACAGGAUCCUCCAAAUCUCCUGGGAGAGGACGAGGAGCGACCGGGGCUACCUGCAAGACCAGCGAAGGAGAUUGAGAAGCCACCGUCGCCAGAACCUAUCCGCGCGCCUUCCGUUGAUCCAGAACCAAUGAACGAAUUCUGGAAAAAUGAGCAGAAGCGGCAGCAGGAUGAAUAUGAGGCGGAACAACGACGGCUUCAAGACCAAUGGGAAGCGGCACAGCUAGCGCAACAACAAGCUGCGCAGCAAGCCCAAAGAGAUUUCGAGGACCAGCAACGUCGCCAAGCGGAUGCACAACGGCUUGCGCAAGACCAGUUGUAUCAGCAACAGCUAACGCAACAAACACAAGGACGACUGGCCGAGCUCGAGCAAGAGAACCUGAGAGCGCGUGCGCAGUACGAGCGCGAUCAGCUGAUGCUCGAACAAUAUGACAAGCGAAUGAAGGCUCUCGAGACGGAGAUUCAGCAGCUGAACUCAAAUUACCAGCAGCAGAUCAACUCGAAAGACGAUCAGAUCCGAGCUUUGCAAGAGCAGCUGAACACGUGGCGGUCGAAAUAUGAGGCCCUUGCUAAAUUGUAUACGCAAUUACGGAACGAGCACAUCGAGCUACUGGCGAAGCACAAGUCCGCUCAGCUCAAGGCCGCAUCGGCACAAGAAGCUAUCGAGCGUCGUGAGAAACUCGAGCGCGAGCUGAAGACGAAAAACCUCGAGCUUGCUGAUAUGAUCAGAGAGCGAGAUCGAGCACUCCAUGACCGCGAUCGAUUGACCGGUGGGCAUAAGGAGGAACUCGAAAAGCUGAAGCGAGAGCUCCGCUUCGCACUCGACAAGGCCGAGAAUGCUGAACGAGGCAAGGGUACCGAAUUGAGCGCCAUGCUCAGCCGCCAUAAUCGUGAGGUUGCAGACCUCGAGGAGGCACUACGAAGCAAGUCUCAGCAGCUCAGUGACCUUCACAUGAAGUUACGGGAUGGAGAUACGGAUCUCGAAAGACAGCUGCGAGAGAAGGAAGAGGAGCUCGAAAUCUUCAAAGCGGGCAUGGAUCAGACUCUGCUAGAGCUGAAUGAGCUGCGACAGACGCACCAGGAUACCGACACAGCCAUCGACGGUCACAUCGACGGGAUGCUCCGCGCAAACGUGCAGAAGGUCUCGGAUCUCAUCGAUAGCGUGCUGCAAGCUGCCGUGGUUCGCGUCGACGAGGCGCUGUACGAGCUGGACAGCACCAUGCAAGCGGGUAACCAGAACGCGUCCGGCGAGUAUGUGCUCAGUCAGAUCGAGAAGGCGGGCCAGAACGCCAUGGACUUCAGCACCGCCAUGAAUGCCUUCAUCGUCGACGGCCCGAACAGCGACACGGGCGAUUUGAUCCGUACCCUCAACAGUUUCUCGGGAUCGGCGGCCGACGUCCUGUCCAACACCAAGGGACUUACCCGGUUCGCGCCCGACGAGAAGAAGAGCGAUGCGCUCCUGGGCGGCGCUCGGCAAGUCGCGCAAUCGACGAUUGGGUUCUUCCGCGGCGUCAUGUCGUACCGUCUCGCCGACAUCGACAAUGACGAGCACAAGCUGGAGGUGGUCAUCCAUAACAAUCUGGAAGUGCAGCGACGCUUGAAGGAGCUGAACAACCUGGCGGAGCAGUUCGCCGGCAAGAGCAGCUUGAAGGACGCCAAAAAUCUGGAGAAUUUGGUCGACAACGAGUUGAACGCUGCCGCUCAAGCCAUCGAUAAGGCCUCUGAGCGCCUCGACAAAUUGCGAAACAAGAACCGCAGCGACUACAGCACCUAUGAGUUAAGGAUUCACGACUCCAUCCUCGAUGCCGCCAUUGCCAUCACCACCGCCAUCGCCCAACUCAUCCGCGCCGCCGCCGCCUCGCAAGACGAAAUCGUCCGCGAAGGCCGCGGCUCCACCUCCCGCGCGGCGUUCUACAAGAAACACAACCGCUGGACCGAAGGCCUCAUCUCCGCCGCCAAAGCCGUCGCCUCCUCGACCAACCUGCUCAUCGAGACCGCCGAUGGCGUCAUCUCCGGCCGCGGCGUGUCGAUGGAGCGCCUCAUCGUCGCGUCCAACGACGUUGCCGCGUCUACGGCGCAGCUGGUGGCCGCGUCGCGUGUCAAGGCCAGCUUCAUGAGCAAGAGCCAGGAGCGGCUGGAGACGGCGAGCCGCGCGGUCACGAGCGCGUGCCGAGGCUUGGUCAGUCGCGUGCGGGAGAUCAUCGCGGACCGGGACCGCGGGGAUACGGAGACCGAGGAUUAUACGAAGUUGAGCGGGCAUGAGUUCAAGACGCGGGAAAUGGAGCAGCAGGUGGAGAUUCUGCAGUUGGAGAACGGGUUGGCGGCGGCGAGGCAGCGGCUCGGGGAGAUGCGAAAGUUGAGCUAUCAGGAAGAGUAAUUGUUGAGGAAUGGAGGAAGGAUUUGCUCGUUUCACCGCGGAGGUCGUUUCGUUUUGCUGCACAAAAUUUGAAUCUUGUUUAGCGGACUGGAUGCGGAGAAUGUUGAUAUCCUAUCUUUCGAUCGUUGUUGUUUAUUUACAUGAGUUUCCAAAACAUGUGUUUCUCAAACGCCGAAGCUGAUGCUGCUUAUACUAAUGUCUGUUUCCCUUGAGGCGACUGACUCACCCCUUGAGCCCAUCAGCCCACCAUCCAUGCCACAUGCCUCGACCGUAUGUCCACCAC